AUGCAGACGACGUGCUACGGCCAAGUUAUCACUGGCGCACCCGGGUGUGGCAAGACGACAUUUGUGAAGGGGAUGUUUUCAUUUUUAUCUCUCAUGGGAAGGACACCACUCAUCGUAAAUUUGGAUCCUGCCAAUGAGCCGUCUGAGUACACCGAUUGUGUUUCAUUACCGUCACUCCUCUCUUUGGACGAAGCGAUGACAACCACAGCACUUGGGCCAAACGGCGGGAUGUUGUAUUGUCUUGAGUAUUUAGAGUCAAACGUCGACUGGAUGUUGGACAAGAUAGCCGAGAAGAAGGCAACUUACUUGCUCAUUGACUGUCCUGGACAAACAGAACUCUUUUCGACACACGAGGUGUUGCCGCGGAUUCUUCACAAAAUGCUCAAAAUGAAAUUUCAGUUGACAGCAGUGCAUCUAAUAGAUUCGGUGCAUAUUGGCGACCCGUCGAUUUACAUUGCCGCUAUGCUCCAAACACUUGCUUGUAAUAUGAACUUUGAACUUCCGUUUGUAACAUUUCUGAGUAAGGCAGACUUAAUUGGGAACUACGGUUUCAAAACAAAGUUGGAUGACUUGAUUAACGGAAAUUUGAAGGACGAGAGCUUUGACCUUCCAGAUCGACUAAAGAAGCUGAGCGAAAAGUUGGCGGAGGUUGUCGACGACUACGCACUCAUAAGGCCCGUCCCGUUUGCUGUGGAGGAUAAAGACGACUUGGCGCUUGCUGUUGCUUUGGUUGAUAAGGCGAAUGGAUAUACUUUUAAUUCUAAUGAGUCGAGUGUGUUACAAUAUUUCCAGGUCGAAGGCGGGGUUGCAGUGGAUGUGAAAAUAGAUCAGACGAUUGAGAAGUAUCAGGCGUUGAUUGAUGGGUGA